AAGUAUGAAGAGAGAAUUGCUAUCUUCUGCAGAUUCAUCUUGCUUUAUGAGUGCUGAUUAAUUGGACUUAGCAAUGCCUGCCAGCUAAGUACACUGAAACCCGAGCAACUGGUGGUGUAUUCACUAGCCUGCCCUCCAUAGCACUCACCUCACAGAUUAUUUCCUGCACACUAUGGAGAAUUUCUCAUUUUCUGAGAAUGACAGCUAUGAGUCUGGACAGCUUUUAUUUCAGAAUUUUCACAAUUCGACAAACACUUCUGCUCUUCCUGAAAGACAACCAAGAGAUGAACAGCUAGCUCAAGUAGAGAUUGCUGUGCUAGGAGUCAUAUUUAUGGCAGCAUCUGUGGGCAACUUCAUUCUCAUCCUAGUGUUAUGGAAGAGACGAAUGAAGCUGUCUCAGAUAUACGUUUUUUUGCUUCACCUGAGCCUAGCAGACCUGAUGGUUGCGUUCUUUCAAGUUCUUCCUCAGCUUUUUUGGAAAAUCACAGAUGUUUUCAUGGGUCCAGAUGUCCUGUGCAGGACCAUCAGUUAUCUCCAGCUAUUCAGCAUGUUUGCAUCCACUUACAUGGUCAUGGUUAUGGCAACAGACAGAUUCCAAGCAGUGUGCUACCCCAUGACCACCUUCCAGAAGAAUGGGGCCCUUUGGAAUGUCUCUGUCUGCAUCAGCUGGCUGGUAUCUUUGGUCUUUAGCUUACCUCAGGUCUUCAUCUUUCAGAAGAGAGAGGUAUUGCCAGGCAUAUUUGACUGUCAAGCUGAGUUCAUUGAACCCUGGGGCACCAAGAUGUAUGUGACUUGGAUUUCUAUAGCCAUAUUCUUCGUUCCUGCAGCUAUCCUUACUGUAUACCAUGUUAGAAUAUGCAGAGCAGUCCAAAUGAAUAUGCACUGGAAAAAACACAAUGAAUUUGAAGUCACAAAUCAGAAGCAAACAUUGCCAUCGUUGCCAAGCAAUGUGAACUGUAUGUCAAAGACCAUGAUCAAGACUAUAAAGAUGACAGUGGUGAUCGUUGUUGCUUAUGUCUUCUGCUGGUCACCUUUCUUUAUUGCACAAUUGUGGACUGCAUGGCACCCCAGUGAUGCUAGAACUGAAGGUCCAGUAAUAGCCAUCCUUAUGCUCUUAGGGAAUCUUAAUAGCUGUGUCAAUCCAUGGAUUUAUAUGUAUUUUUGUGGUCAUAUACCACAUUGUUCAAAACACAAACUGAACAACACAGCAGCCCAUGAAGAUUCUACGACUACAGGUAGCAUCAACUUGGGAGAUAAAGAUUCUGAAGAUAAUGUCACCCCUGUAUAACUGACUAUAUAGCAACUCUAAACUGCUUUGUAGUUUGUUCUUGCUACCAGAAGUAGCAAAGGUUGUUUUCAACAUUUAUGUAUUUUUGAAUUAUUAUUUUAAAGCAAAGUUUACCCAAUGUAAAUAGCUUACUCCAAAAGGAUAUCACAUGCACACUCUAUCUUCAAAGUUGAGAGGUUGUUUGUUUUAUUGCAAUGCCAGACUCCAACAAUUUACAAAGGUACAUCUUAAAUUGCAUGUAUUUGCAGACUCUUGUUAAAUCUUUAUUCUCUUCUAGCAAGUUUGAUGAAUCUAACAUAGACAAUAAGAUAAUUAUAUAUCUGAACUCUCCUGAGGUGUUAAUUGCUGACCACAGA